AUGGCAGAGUUACCGAAGUAUUCGCCAAAACAGCUGGCAGAGUAUCUGGACCGUAUCAAACUACCAGCGUCUCAACAUGCUAGAGAUCCACUGGAGUUCCUCACACAGCUCGUCCAAAAGCAACUGGUUUAUGUACCUUUUGAGACUUUGUCGCUUCAUUAUUCCACGCACAAGAAUGUAUCUCUUGAUGCUGAGGAUCUGCACCAAAAGAUCGUGCAUAAGCGUCGAGGAGGCUACUGCCUAGAAAAUAACUCAUUCUUUGGAACAGUUCUUCGGAGUCUUGGUUUUCACGUUUUCGGUGUCAUUUGCAGAAUUACCAUGGCUACUCGAGGUGUUUUUGAUGGAAGCUGGCGGGCAAUGAGCCACAUGGCAAAUAUCGUCACCAUCGAUAACAAGAGAUAUUUGGUAGAUGUUGGUUAUGGGGCUGAUGGGCCUUGCACACCGCUUCCGCUCGACUCAAGCACCAUCAAAGACGGUCUACCGAACCAACAACUCAAACUAGAGCAUAGAACGCUCCCACAACAUCUUGACUCUAAACAAAAAGUCUGGGUUUAUUCCCAAAAACGAGGCUCAGAAGAUUGGGUAGACAUCUACCAUUUCCCCGACGUCGAGUUCUUCCCCCUCGACUUUGACAUCCUCAACCACCACGCUAUGACCAAAAGUCUAUGGGCCAGCACCGUCGUAGCCCAGAGAUUUACUCUCAAUGAGGAUGGCCUCACGAUUUCGGGGACUCUGUUGUUAGUGAGGGAUGAGCUCAAGGCUGGGAACUCGUCACCGCAAAAGAUGAAGGUGGUUAAGAAGUUGGAGAAUGAGGAGCAGAGACUAGAUGCCUUGAAGGAGCAUUUUUCAAUUAGCUUGACAGAGGAAGAGCAGAGUGCGGUCCGGGGCAGUGCUGUUGAGCUGGGCCUUGCUUGA